AUGGGAAAAGUAAUCGUAGUGACAUCAGGAAAGGGAGGUGUCGGAAAAACAACCUCUACAGCGAAUUUAGGGACAGCACUUGCCCUCCUCGGUAAAACCGUCGCAGUUGUUGAUGCAGAUGUCGGGCUUCGGAAUCUCGAUAUCGUGAUGGGGCUUGAGAGCCGGAUUGUUUAUACCUCAAUGGAUGUCAUCGAAAAACAGUGUGAACUUAGUAAAGCACUCGUUAGAGAUCGGCGUGUUGACGGGCUGAUGCUGCUCGCAGCCUCACAGAAAAACAACAAAGACGAUAUCCAACCAGAACAGAUGAAAGCCAUCUAUGACAAGCUGCGAACAACACACGAUUUCGUUCUGGUUGACUCGCCCGCUGGCAUUGAACGCGGUUUCAGCAAUGCUUCCGCUGGUGCAGACGAAGCUAUCGUUGUUACAACACCAGAUGUUUCUGCUAUUCGUGAUGCUGACAGGAUUAUCGGGUUGUUGCAAAAUGCAAGGGUUGAACCGAUCAACCUUGUCUUAAAUCGCUUCUCUCCACAACUUGUAGGAAAUGGAAGCAUGAUGGAUCAAGCGGACGUAUUGGAUAUCCUCAAUAUUGACCUCAUCGGCGUUGUUCCAGAAGACACGGGGAUAAUCACCUCUACAAAUCGCGGGAUUCCUCUCGUGUAUGAAGAUGCCUCACCUGGGGCUCAGGCGUAUAUGCGUAUUGCCCGGCGACUGACUGGACAACGCAUCCCGAUUCAUGAUUUUGAGCAGAAAGGCGUAUUCAAUAAUAUCCUAAACUGGUUCACGAGAAAGAGAUAA